GUGAGAUGCAGGCUGACAGGCCACGAGAUGCCAUGUCGGCUGUCAGAGCUGCAGGCUUACACUAAUGGCAAGAAGUACCAGCGGCUGAUAAAGACAGCCAGAGAGUUUGACUAUGGCAAGUUUGAGCCCCAUAUAGUGCCCAGCACAAAGAAUCUACACCAGCUGUUUUGCAAGCUCACUCUCAGACACAUCAACAAAUUUCCAGAGCAUGUGCUGCGUCACGUCCAAGGGAAGCGCUAUCAGAAGGCCCUAAAAACAUAUGAGGAGUGCCAGAAGGAAGGAGUGGAGUAUGUCCCUGCCUGCUUGCGACAGAAGAAGCAGCGGACGCAGCACCCUGAUGACCAAAUGAACGGGAGCAGGCAGCCUUACAGAAAAGAGGAAUUCUGGGAGCCAAAGUCCAGCGAUGAGGACGGAGAGGAGACGGAUGACAGCAUGAGUGACCUGUACCCACCUGCACUCUUCCCAGAAAAAAACCCGGCAGCUCCACAAACCACAAAGGGCAGUGAUGACUUUGCAAUAGACAGCGAGGAUGAGGGGGCCAAGCAGAAUGGCGACGUGAACAGAGAGGAUGGUGGAAGAAUGGACAUCAGCAGAGCAGUUGGCAACAAAAGGGGAAAGAAACAGUCAGGCCCUUUAAAGAAGAAAUUCAAGAGUCAUCAUCAAAAACCCAAGAACUUCAAGAAAGCAACCAACGGCAAAUAAAUUUUAUGAUAAAUACAUGG